CCGCCGCAGCAGAUGGACCUCUCGCGCUCUCCUCCUCCUCCUCCUCCUACUAGCUGCUGGAUGCACGCGCCCCAGUGAUUGUUUCGAACGGCAGGAGAGCGAGCUGACCGAGGAGUUUACCGUUAACGGGCAGUUCAGCCGCCGCGGAGAGAAGGACGGAGGUGGGAGAGGAGAACCGGAGAGCCCGUACUCCCGGGUUUGGUGAUCCGACACAGGAGCUCCAAAACUCCGCAGGAAUCAACUCCCUCUUUCUGGAGACUCAACAACAUCACACAGUCUUCACUACGCUCCUCUCAUGCUGACUGAGAAUGGAUGAUACAGAGUACGGGGUUCAGAUUGGAGAGAACAAGUUCAUCAGCAAGGUAGCAGUCCUCUCACAUCUUAAGACAUACAACCUCUACUAUGAAGGACAGAAUCUACAGCUCAGACACAGAGAAGAAGAGGGGGAGCUGAUUGUCGAGGGCUUGCUGAAUAUCUUCUGGGGCCUGCGGCGACCAAUCAGGCUUCAGAUGCAGGAUGACCACGAGCGAAUCCGACCGCCCCCCUCCUCUACGUCCUGGCACUCGGGUUGCAAUCUGGACAGUCAGGGUUCCCCCACCAGCACAGAUGGUCAACAGCAGAGCCCGCCCACAGUGGAAGUGACGCCACCUGACAACCAACCGGAGGACAACGGUGUGAUGGAAGAACAGACAGCAGAGGAGAGUGAGAGCUCCGCUCAGCUCCUCAGGACGAAGAGUGAUGCCGGGGUCUUAAGACGGGGCCAGCGACGGUCACCGAGCGACCAGAGGAAAAUUCGACGCAAUCGCUUCUCCAUCAACGGACACUUCUACAACCACAAGACAGCAGUUUUUACUCCUUCUUACGGCUCGGUGACUAAUGUUCGGAUUAACAGCUGCAUGAGCACGCCUCAGGUGCUACGAGUUCUCCUCAACAAGUUUAAAAUUGAAAACAGCGCAGAUGAGUUUGCGCUAUACCUCGUCCAUACAAGUGGAGAGCGUGUGAAACUGAAGCGAAAUGACUAUCCUCUGGUACUGAGAAUAAUGCAGGGUCCAUGUGAGCAGGUCUGCAAGGUUUUCCUCAUGGAAGAAGACCUGGGAGAAGAAGUCACAUAUGAUGUGGCGCAGUACAUCAAGUUUGAAAUGCCUGUCCUGCAGAGUUUCAUCACCAAACUGAAGGAGGAGGAGGACAGAGAGGUGCAGAAACUCAGGAGAAGGUACAACAACAUACUGUAUACGUACUUGCGGUGUAUAAUUGAGAAGCAGCUCAGUUGUCUUCCAGAGGGGGCGACGUGUAUGUGAUCUGCUCAUCAAACCACUCCCAGAGUACCACAUCCUCCUCCCAGCUGUGACCAAGAGAGUGACCAAGAACCCAAUGUAUGUGUUUCAGCGAUUAUCCUGCUCCUCUGAAUUCCUGCCUCUGCGUGGGGUCUUUUUCAAAUCAUCCAGUCGGUCAACAUACAGACGAAACUUUGAGUGUGACCAUCUCAGCAAUAGUCUUGUAAAGAGUCUUGAUUCAGACUCGAUCACUUCAUCUCCUUCUGCUUUUCUCUUUGUCGUCACACACAGUGCACACAGAAAGACAUUCCUCUACACUUCAGUGAGAUUAACCUUUUUUCAGAAUGAGCCUAAAACUACACAUCCCGUCUCUACCCUCCAGACUGCCAGAAGCCGAUACCCAAAAUCAGUUUAAAGCACAAACAUCAUAUAAUAUGGUCUUUGUAAAGUGCCUGUUAAAAGGUUUCUCCAAGCACAAAGACACACAGCAUAACAUUAGUACAGCUGUAAAGUACAUAGAACCACAUCAGCCGACACUGUUUGGGUCAAUGUGAAACCGACCAGACCACGAGCAGACACCGAGUCCCCACAUUGCACUGCGUGCCUAUAUGUUCCUCACUGUUUUGGAAUUUGUUCAUCGCAGCCGAGACAUUCACUGAAGGGAUUAUUGAAGGCCGUGUGAACAGAUAAUCUGUUUAUGUUGCGUCCGUCAGUCUGUUGGUGGCCUGACGUCUCAUUCAAACUGAAUGUUUGUGAUUGAAGUCAAAGGGAUAGUUUGGGGAAACGCCUAUUCACUUUCUUGCCAAGAGUUAGAUGUUUGUUUGUGUGAGUACAGCCAGCAGCGGAUUAGCUUAGCAUAGCACAAAUACUGUAAACACAGGGGGGAAACAGUUAGCCUGGCUCUGUCCGAAGGUAAUAAAAUGCACCUACCAGCACCUCUAAAGCUCACUGAUUACCAUGUUAUAUCUCAUUUGUUUUAAUCUGUAAAAAGAAAAAAUUUAUGACAAAUUGUGGUUAAUGUGUUGUUUCUUGGUCGGGACACGUUACCUUUCCAUUUUAUGCUAUAUUUAUGAGGCAAAUAUUGUACAAUUUGCUUCAGUACACCAAUUUGACAACUGUCUAAUAAAUAUAUAUAUAUAUUGCUCUAAAUACAAUAUCUUACAUAAUGAAUAACUUUUGAUACUUUAGUAUUUUGCUGAUAAUACUUAAUUGGUAUUUGUACAUUUUGAAUGCAGAGGUUACUAGUUUACUUACUAGUAUUAAAAAGUACAUCUAUAGGAUGGCCUUUCUACAUCUACUAUACUUUUAUUUAUCAUGAGAUAUGCUAUUCCUUGGUCAGGACACAGCAUUUUGUCAUUUUCUACACGUGUUAAUUAGUGAGCAAAUUUUGUUACCUUUGGACGGAGUCUGGCUAGCUGUUUCCAGUCUGUGUGCUAAGGUAACCUGCUACUUGCUGUAGCUUCAUAUUUACAGCACAGAGUACAGAGUGCUACCAAUUUCCUCAUCAAACUCAAUGAAGCUCAAACUUUUCCUUUAAAGAAAAGAAAUUCCUGAAACAACCGAACACUUUUUGGGCCCCUUUUAGUGUCUGGUUCAUUGUCCUCAGUUGCAUUAAUGCCUUAUGUAAGAAGACAAGAUGAUGUCGUGUUGAAGCACAGUAAAAAACUGUUUGAAUGAUGAGCAACAUAAUUCUUCACACAAUGACUCCUGGUAGGAGUUGGAUGUUGGACUGGCUAUACACAAGACGAGUGAAAUCCCACUGAAAGACUGUGAAUUACGCAGAUGACCUUAGAUGGAAGAAUGUUGUGAAUGUAUGAAUGAGCAUUUCAAAGCAGUUCGCCUCCACAUGUACAGCGCUUCCCUUAAGUCUGCUUUAGUCUGUGUGAGCACAGCCUGUCUGUUCAAUAUUUCUAAUGUACACUGUUGAAAAUGUCAUCAAGGGUGUGUGUGUGUGAUUCUGAGUGUGUGCAUGUUGUAUUUUUAGUGACUCUUAAGACUUGCCUGCUUUUAUAUUGUGUCUUUUACAAAAUAAUGAAGGAACUUUAGUCUUCAAGAUGUUAGGAGCUCAUGCCACUACCUGGAAAAAUCUAGGGAGGGGGGGUUCAUACAAUGAUUGUUAUUUAAUAAAAAAAAAGAUAAACAUA